UUCUCUACUUAAACAAAGAAUUAAUGGCAAAUGCCUUUAGUUUUGUUUUUGCAAUUCACAUCAAAUGUGCAAAAAUUAUAUUUGCUAAAUUAUACUAAAUUGAUUGAAUUUCCCACACCUUUCUGCUUUUAGACACUCGACAUUUUCACGUGGUAUCAUUUUUAAAAUUGAAUGCGCCAAAGCAAAACUAAAUAAAUAAAUUGUGUAACUGUGCAAAUAGCUACAGUUCGUUGUGAUGGUUUAGUUAAGAAUAUGUCAAAUGGCGUGCUUGAAUACUCAAGCGAUUUUAUACAUUAAAAGGUUUAAUUCAUGCUCUGAGGCAAAUAUGUAGCAAGAAGAUUUUACUGAAAAGGGGGGUUUACUUAAUGAUGUCUCCCUCAACUGGAAAGCAAAGAGGGUGGUGCUCUUUACUACCAUAUGCCAGACACACAGACAGGCAGGUCGACAGUUAUGAAGACAGAUGAAUGAUGCAACGCCUUCAGCACUGAGGGAAAUGAGAUCAGAUGUUGACAGCUAGAUCGACAGAUCCCUGGUCUGGCAUUCAAAUGUUUUCUCACAUCUCUUAUUGCAUGGUUCAUGAAUGGAUACACUCUACAAGAUAAGACAUACUGUAACUGGCCUAUCUGUAAAUAAAUGCUUUGCUUUUUUCCCUUUGCUCUAUUUUAUACAUGCUGUAUAAUAUACCUGAGUUUAGCAUAUGUGCAGUACAGCAGGUUGCCUAAGAUAAACGCUUCACAAGCAAUAAUCUUCCUGAAGACCUGAAGUCUUUGGUGUCAGCCGCCAUGUUAAAAAACUGCAUCGUGUAGGCCUAUUUCAUAAUUCAUGUACAACUCAGCCAGCAUUUAUAAAUAAGUUCUAAGGUGCUGAAGCCUGUGAGGGAAUAUAACACAUAUUAAUCGACCUCCAGAAUUGUCAAAGGUGUUUCUUCUCUUAUCUUCCAUUCUCAUUUACUUUGUUUUAUUUGCAGUAUAGCAUAGGCCCCUCUCUCCUGAUGAUUCUUACAGCAUUUUAAAAUACAAAUAGACAUGAUAUAAAUAACCCAAUAUAAACAAAAUCUAGUCUGUCAUGGGAGAGCAGUCCUAUGCGACAAUCUGCCCGAGGCCAUCAUCAGAAUACCAUACACCUAACAGCAGAAGCGAACCAGUAGGUGGCAGUGGCGUCCCAUUUGCAAGAUACACAUGGGAGGAAUCUGUCUGUCUCUGCACUUAAGCUAAAUCACUCUCUUUCUUUCUUCCUCUCUGUCGCUUGCUUGCUUGCUUGCUCGCCUGCUGGAUGUUUUCUGCCACGCACGCACACACUAAUAAACAACUAUUUGUGUUUGUUUCCCCCUUUUUUUAAACUGACCAGUGAAUAAAAGGGGCGAUGGUAAAGAAUCGGUUAAUGAAUGCCAGUCUUCAGGACGACAUGAACGCACACGGUGAAAUUUUAGAAGCUGUAGAAGUUCAAAGAGAGCACCAUGAAGACUGAAAGAGAGGGAAAACAAUAUCUCCUGCCCUCGCUGCUCCAGUCCUGCGGUUGACGGCAGAGUCGAUCCACCAGCAGUGACUGGCGGAACAGUCUCAGUUGGAGAAAGCAGCUUGUCAGUGGGAGGUAACCUACAUGAUGCCCCCUCCUGAACUUAUCAAUUCAUCGUCCGUCCGUGCUGCUCCCGGCGUUUUAUUUUGGUACGAAAAUGCUGAGCGCACUGAGGCACUGUAAAGCGCACCGAUGGAUACAGCCUGCUUGCGCGUCUUGGAACGGGUUAUUUUGUGAAGCAGCCUAAAACACACGGCAGUCUACAAGAGAGAGAGGGGAAGCCUGGACUUGGACAACCACCCAUUUGUGGAUAAUAACCCUAAAAAAAAAUUAAACAUUAAAUAAAAAAAACCUUACCCCGGUGUGUGUCACAUCAAUGGAGAGGCGAGGGUCGAAUAUCCGAAAUAUACAGCGGGGGCGCAGAAGUGAUGACAGCCUUUGAUGAACCAUAACUCCCGUCCAGACAAGGUGAGAUCAAAGCUCCGUUCGGAAAACAUGUAAGAAUAGCGCUUUUGGUGUAUAACGAAGGCUCUUCACACUUGGGAGCCGCUGCCUGAAUUUGUGAUGGGGUUUUAAAGGCUUCUGAAGGAUACCGCCUGGAAUUUUUUCUUCCGAUGCUGCAUCCCAGAAUAACGAAUUUCCCUCUUAAAUAUGGAGAACGGAGCAAUCUGAAGAGAGAGAUUAUCUCUAAUCGUGACAACUUUAUCACUUCUCCAACCUACAGGAUACCCUUUCAAUCACUGUACUGCGGAACUUCUUUUUAUCGGUAAAACCAGGAGGGGGAAGAGAAAUAAGCAUCUUGAAAUCCGCACUGGGCUGUGCGGUGAAAUUUAAUCAGGGCUGAUAGCUAAGAAGCAAUAGGGACUUGAUGAAAAGUUACAUUUGACACGUAGGCGAGCAGUCGGGUUCUUAAAAUAACCCCACCUUAACAGCUCAACGUAUGGAUGAUGGUCUACCGUAAGGUCUACAUGAAAAGCUUUAAGAGCAUGUUAUUGGUAUCAGAGAGAAAAUAAAAAGUCGUCACUUGGAGAAAAUCUUGGACCACAGUGGGCAUCGCUUUGCCACGAGUUGUUUCAACAAUGGCACUUGUGGGUGCCUUCUGAAAUGUGCGUCUUGAAAAGGGAGGAAAUAUCGGAUGCAUUAUCAUCACUGUGAGAGUUAAUUGCAUUGCAUCCGGACUAAUGUUUGGAUUACAUACAAAGUCGUGUUGAGACGUGGAAGAAAAUGAGUGUGAAAAGGAAAGGUAACAAAGGAUUCUCCAAAACUGCCUGAGUAUUGCGGAUUUUUUUUUUCGAUGCAGUUUUUGCGGAGGCAGCGGAAGAAGAGCUGUUCUUCGCCGGCGGAGAUCUUCCAGACCUUGGCAUUUCUCUGUAAAUAAGUCCAGCAUUUUGGUGGAUUGAAAGCUAAUAUGUGGAUGAUUAAAACCCCUUGGAUCUUGACUGAGCUGGCAGUGGGCCAAAAUCCUCUUUUAAGAGAGUGAAAGACCAGUCAAUGAAUUAUGAAUGUUAAACAAGAUGACCUCCUCUCAGCAGCAGCAGAUGAUGCGAGGUCCUAGGUGGAACCGGGCCUUGUCCGACCCUUUGUUUGUUCUGCUCCUGGCCCUCCAGCUGCUGGUGGUCGCAGGACUGGUUCGCGCUCAGACGUGUCCCUCUGUCUGUUCGUGCAGUAACCAGUUCAGCAAAGUCAUCUGCACCCGCAGAGGCUUGCGGGAUGUUCCUGAUGGCAUCUCUACCAACACACGCUACCUGAAUCUGCAAGAAAAUCUUAUUCAAGUCAUAAAAGUGGACAGCUUCAAACACCUAAGACAUCUAGAGAUACUACAGCUGAGCAAAAACCACAUACGCAAAAUUGAGCUUGGGGCCUUCAAUGGACUGGCCAGCCUCAAUACCUUGGAGCUAUUUGAUAACCGCCUCACCACCAUCCCAAACGGGGCUUUUGAGUACUUGUCCAAACUAAAAGAGCUUUGGCUAAGGAAUAACCCCAUAGAGAGCAUUACCUCCUAUGCUUUCAACAGAGUGCCCUCAUUACGAAGGCUGGACCUUGGGGAGCUCAAACGGCUCAACUACAUAUCUGAUGGGGCCUUUGAAGGGCUGAGCAAUCUGCGCUACUUAAAUCUGGGAAUGUGCAAUCUGAAGGAAAUUCCCAAUCUUAUUCCCCUAGUGAAGCUGGAUGAACUGGAAAUGUCAGGAAAUCAGCUAUCUAUCAUCCGGCCUGGUUCAUUUAAAGGGCUUAUACACUUACAAAAGCUGUGGAUGAUGCAUGCCCAGAUCCAGACCAUAGAAAGGAAUGCUUUUGAUGACCUGCAAUCACUUGUGGAACUCAAUCUGGCCCACAAUAACCUUACCCUCUUGCCCCAUGAUCUAUUCACUCCUCUACAUCACCUGGAGAGAGUGCACUUACACCACAACCCUUGGAAUUGUAACUGUGACAUCCUCUGGCUAAGCUGGUGGCUUAAGGAGAUGGUACCUGCAAACACCAGCUGCUGUGCCCGCUGCAGUUCACCUCCUCACCAUAAGGGACGCUACAUUGGUGAGCUGGACCAGAAUUACUUUCACUGUUAUGCUCCUGUUAUUGUGGAGCCUCCCACAGACCUAAAUGUAACAGAGGGAAGUGCUGCAGAGUUGAAAUGCAGAGCCAGCUCUUUAACCUCAGUGAGCUGGAUUACACCCAAUGGUUCCAUCAUGACACACGGUGCAUACAAGGUCAGAAUCUCUGUGCUGAAUGAUGGCACACUGAACUUUACCAACGUUACCAUGCAGGACACAGGUACAUAUACGUGCAUGGUGAGUAAUUCUGCAGGUAACACAACAGCAUCUGCCACACUCAAUGUUUCCUCUACGGAAAGCAGUUUCAGCUACUUUACUACAGUGACAGUGGAGACAAUAGAAACCCCGCAUAAUGAAGGCUUCACCACUACUGUCCAACAGAAGGUUGGCCCCACACCCUCUGCUGGUACAUGGGAGUCUAUCUCACCAACCUCUACAACAACCACCACCGUCCGAACCGCACUCUCCACACGUGCCACAGAGAAGACUUAUACAAUUCCCGUCACAGAGGUGGGUGGUGAGGGAUUGCAGAAUGGCUUGGAUGAGGUAAUGAAGACAACCAAGAUCAUCAUUGGCUGCUUUGUUGCAAUCACACUAAUGGCAGCUGUCAUGCUUAUUAUCUUCUAUAAGAUGCGCAAACAACACCACCAGCAGAAUCACCAUGCACCCACACGCACUAUUGAGAUCAUCAAUGUGGACGAGGAUUGUGUAACAGGAGGCCCAGGCAUGGAGGGCCACCUUACUCUCCCUCCUCUUGAGCACGAGCACCUCAACCACUAUAACACCUAUAAGACUGCAUACAACCAUGCCUCCACAAUCAAUUCUAUACACAGCUCAGCGCACGAACCUUUGCUAAUCCGGGCCAGCUCAAAAGACAAUGUACAAGAGACCCAAAUCUAAUACUUUUGUGAGACAUUUUAAAACUGAUGAAAUUACUUACAGGCAUUAUUGACAGAACAUUACUGACCUUUGGUUGCGAGGACUGCGGCUGACGCUCGGAAUAACAGACUUGUGUUUGGCAAAUCAGCGACUAGCAAUGUUAAUUCAGUGACUUUCGGAAUUAGAGUAUGUCUACUGUUUCAAAAAGUGUCUUUACAAAGCAGAAGUUAUUUAUUUAAGAAAAAAAUGUUGUGGUUAAAUCACGAAAACUGUAUUCUGCAAUUAUUUUUUCAACACUUAAUUCAUGUGGGUUUUUUUCUUCUUUUUUCCUCGCAUAUCACAAAAUUGGUUUACUAAUAUACUUUCAACUUCUUUCAAAGAUGUGUCAAAAAACAUGAAACAAAGUAUUGUUCCUUUAUUGUUCUUUUUUUGGUAUAGCUGCCGAUUUUCGAUCAGAUGACACGGUAACCUCAUUUUCCCCAUUUAUCAAGGAAUCCUAGAGCACAUUAGUGAUUUUCUCAGCUGUGGAUUAAUUGAUGAAAUCUUUUGUGACCAUCUCUAACUGAGAUGAAUUAAACACUUGUUCAUCAUUUUGGAGUGAGUGACAGAACUGUCAGUGAUGGAAUCUGAUCAUUAUUCACCGUUUAAUUAUCUGUCACAUACAUUAGCCACUCUGCGCUGUCAUCAAUAGGCUGAGGACCUGAAAAGAGGGAAAUGCAUCCAUUUCUGCUACUGUAAAAGUUGAAGCUCACUGCUAGAAGGACAGUUUUGUUAAAUUAAAUACUGUUGAUCUAUAUGUCUUUGUGUUUCUAUUGUAUAUGUAAAAUUUAAAAUGAUCCCUGAUCUCAAAUUUGUCUUGACAAAUCGCAUUAUUAUAGAAAGCAUAUAAUAAAUUGCAUUAAGAACCAUUGAAAUUCUGAAGGUCAUGCUACAGAAGCAGCAUUAACACGUACUUUAGAAAGAACAUAAUUAUGACUGGAGAGGAUGGGAAUAAUGCUUGUACAGAUGUACAUGACCUCAAAUUCUGGCAAACACCCACUGCCUCAGAAUAUUUCCAGUGUAUCAUGGCUUCACCUUUACCUUGCAGUGCUGUGUAGUGUUGCAUAUGAAGAUGAUUGCUUUGAAGCCCCAUUUUCAUGCUGGGACCCCUUACCUCAUCUGCAGUACUGCAGGAGUGCUGUCAGAAGUAGACUGAUGAGCGGAAGAAAGAGCUUAAACCCUUUAUACAGCUGUCUGAGCACAUUGCCUGUCAUCUUUGUGCCAUAUUUCCACAUGGGCAGUGCCUGGCAGUCCCAGAUUCACACCCUGCUCCCGCCAACCACAGAACUUGCCCCUGAGUGGCAAGGCUUAGCUGCAAGAGGCUUAUGGGGUGAAUGUGUGGGAUCGGGCAUCAACCAGAUGUUUGGGUUGCACCUGACUCUCUCCAUCGUUAGUGACAACACAAUUUACAUUUUAAUUGAUGUGCCUGUGGGCUUUGGAUGGGCACAGCUCUGCUGCCAUCCAUACCCUGGAAAGCAUUUCAAAGUCCCAAAUGUAAUGAAUGGUGCCAAGCACCAUAAAUGCAGUGGUUAUGCAGACAUUUGCGAUGGCACAGGUUUAUUUUUUAGCAAGUUAACUGUGGUUUUUAUUCAACAGAAAAAUUUGCAAAAAAAAAGUUAGGCCACUCAAAUUCUUAAUUCGGUUUGGGUUUUUUUUUUUUUUUU